UUUUCAAUCACCUAAACGAACUAUGGGAAACGUUGACACGAAUUAUUCAGUUAACUUGUUUUAACAGAUUAAAAAUCUUUUAUCAUCUAACCGUAAUCAUAAUAUAUAUACAAUGACAUCAUAUGGAGCUUCAUAUUUAAAAUAUUCAACUGAUUUUACAACCGGUUCACAUCCUGUUAAUUUCAGUUCUGUAACUCCAUUAACAGCCAUUUAUACUUUGACAUUAAUAAUAUUGGCUUUUGGUUCUUUGUCUUUGGCAUUUAUAGGUAAAAGUAAGUCACCAAUUACAUUCAUAUUCUAUGCAUUGAUUGCUUCUUUAUCAAUUGGGUACGGUUCAAUUAGUGUAUCUAACUAUGUUGGUGUUUACAUCUAAUCAGAGAAAUAUAAAAGAUGCAGAAACAAACAAAGAUAAUGGCGAAGUGAUAUCUAGAUUAAUUAUGGGUAUAUUGAAACCCGCUUUAUAUAAAUAAUAAUUAGAACCAAUUGAGGUUUUAAUAGUGUACAUUAGGAAUUUCUGAUUAUUAUACAAGAAGGAAUCAGAAUCUGAAUCAGAAUCAGAACUAUCAACCUGGGAAUAGACCCAACUAAAUAUGCAUUCUAUUUUAUAGUUUCUUUAAACAGAAUAAAAAUGGCAUCUUUCAAUUAUAUUUUCAUAAUCUUCGAUUUAAUAAAAAUAUUCUUCUACUCUCUUAUUAAUUGUAAAGUUCGAGUUCGGAAAUUAGGUUGAAAAAUUUCACCACCGAAAAAAGUUGCUACGUAUAUUGUUUACUAAUCUUUUUGAUCU